AUGAUUCCAAUGGGAUCAACGCCUAAAAGGUUCGGAUUCGGACAAAAUGACGUGAAUGAGCGUAUGGUACCAGAAGAAUAUAUCUACAACUCUUCAAUGAUAAAUGAAUUAAUAAAACAGAACAAAGAUUUGCAUAAGCAGUUAACACAGAAACAAGAAGAAAUUGAUAGAUUGAAUGUGUUAAUCGGGUCCUUUCGAGCUAAGCUAAUAAAAUACACGGAGCUGAACAAAAAAAUGCAACAGCAACAACAACAACAGCAACAACAACAACAACAACAACAGCAACAAGAUAUACGUUACUCAAAUAAUAUACCAAGCUAUAAAUCGGACUCGCCACAUUUCUCAUCUCCUCAAGACCACCAAGGCAGUCAAGCAGAACAUAUACAAGUAAAAAAAAAUAACCGUACAGAAGAAAGCAAAAUUGACGAUAUAUAUGAGAAAUUAGAGCUUCUAACAAAGCUGGUUAAUGAGGCUGUACAGAAACAGCACGAUGGGAGUCGUAGUGGAUUUUCUAAGCAGGAUAUCAAGAUUGUGAAUGACGACGAUAUUAUAGUUUCAGAAUCGCAGGAGUUUAAACAUUUGCAGGACCAAAUCGAUAUUUUAAAGCGGAAACUCCUUAUAAAGAAGGAAAACGAACUGCGAAAGCUAUCAUUAAACAAAGAAUUGAUUGAUUUGAUGGAGGAACUAAAUAUGAAUAGUUCUAAUACACCUAAUCCGCUGUCAAGAUCAACUUCUGAACACCAUUCAGAGCACUACAAUCACCAUAAGUCCAAUCAACAAGGGUAUCACAAUGAAAAUUCACAUCCCUUGCAUUGUGAGCACUGUCACGUAAAAUCACACUCCGAGAAUCACCCGCCCGAGCCAAAAUUCGUAAAUCUAAAAGAAUCUCUAGAAACCCCUACCCCAACUCCAACUCAGACACCAAGAAAGCUGCGGAAAGAGAAUGAUAAUAGCGUCGCCAAUAAACAAUAUUCAUUAUGGUGA